GAGAUAUAUUUUUUAUAUGUAGAUGUGAAUAGGUUAUGUAUGUGUAUAUAUGCAUGAGUCUGUGUCGAAGUAUAGAUACGCGAGCGCGUAUCUGCGCAUGUAGAAGAGUGCAGUCUACGCCUCUGUUUGAAGCGCUUUGCUUGUCGAAACCUGCAACGCGCCUCGCUGUGUUCACUCUAUGAAGCUGGUUCUUCGGUGGCAGCGAUGCCGCGCCCUUCGCAAAAAUGACGCGGAUAUGUUCUUGUGUCUCCGUCUCUCUUGGUGAGUGGUAUGUUUGCAUGUACGCAAACUUGUCCUGACUCCUCGGUGUCGCUUCUCAGGAACUCUCUUGUUUUUUCGAGGUUUCCCGCUGUGGAGGAGUUCGAACGAGCCUCGUUUCUCGGAAGGAAAGGAGGCGCUAGCUGCGAAGUCACCUCAACGCGGCGGCGGCGACUUCUCUGCAGAGACAGCGAUCGAUGAAGAAACUCCUUUUCAGAGGACAAGGCUCGACUAAGUCCUCUGGAGAAGAAGCAAACCCACUCCGUGUCUGUUUUUCCCUUAACUCUUUAAAACGUUCUCCCUCUCAUCCUCAAAAAGCCUUGCGAGGCGUGCAUGCGCGGCGUCCCUCCGCACUCUCUUUUCUUCCUCUCUCUGCUUCGUUCUCUUCUUCCUCUUUUUCUCUCUUUCCUUCCUCGCGUCGGAGCUCCAACUCGACAGCGAAAAGAGAGCGCUGAAGGCAAGAAGCUCUACGCAGAACAUCUGCGAAAGCGCUCCAGAAGCAGGAGACAAAUGGAGGAGUAUGGCUGGGAGUGUCGCCUUCCAGCUCGGUCGGCUGCGGCCUCGGUUCCACGACGGCUGCCCGAGAAGCAGAAAGACGACAGCGAACAGACGAGAACGGGUGCAGGUCGAGGCCGCGAGAGAAGGACUGCGGUCGUCUGUGGGACAGAGGCGACGAGGAAGCGAGAGAGGGGGAAGCAGCUCCCCUCGGAGGAAGAGGAGGUCGAAGCGGUCGGAGAGGACAUGAACUUGCUUCUCUGUUCCUGUGAAGAAGGGCAGGUGGCGAGCAUCAGAGCUGCAAGCAAAGGACCGGGGAGAAAGAGGGGACAGGCGACAGGAGAAGACGAGAGACGCUUGUUGCGAACGCCUCUCUGUCGCGCCCUCAGUGCCCUCAGACAACUGCCUGACUUCGUCGACCCGACCUUCUUUGCCCUCUCUUCUCCAAGCAACCAAGAGGCAGACCGAGGUCGGACGCGAGACCAAAAAGAUCCAGCAGAGAACGGCGAGAGAGCAGAGAACGGCGAGAGAGCAGAGAACGGCGAGAGAGCAGAGAACGGAGAGAGAGCAGAGAAUGGCGAGAGAGCAGAGAACGGAAAGAUACGAGGACAAGAAGGCCUUUCACUUAAGAGAUACUCAAAGAAACGAAGACUUCCAGGGGAAGACGCGACCGCCUCGCCAAAUGCAGAAGUUGAGUCAGAAGCGACCGACGUGAGGUGUGGCGGCGAAGCUCCGCAAGGUUGGGAGCGAAGGAAACGAACGGAGGGCGAUCAAGAACAAGAGAGUGCAGAAGGAGAACAAGUACGAGACCAUGAGAGAGAACAGGGAGAAGGAUUUCGUCGCGAGGCGUCGGUCUCUGUCCGAGACAAGACGAUUGAAGCUCUGCACGCGCUCCUGCCCGCGACUGCCGCCUCGCUGCUAUGCCGCUUCUGCUCGUCUGUCUCUUCUUCUCUUCCUUCUGGCGCGUUCGCACCUUCUCCAGACGGGAAGGAAGAAGGAAGAAGCGAGGGAGAAGAAAGGUCAACGGACAGAUUUGAGGGGGAGUUUUUGGAUGAAGCACAGCUGCGCCUCGCGCUGGAGAGAGAAGCCAGGACGACCGAGGCGGAGGGGGCGUUCGCUCGGGAACGACUUUUGAGGUCUCUCCUCAGAAGCGAUGAGAUGCCCGUGGUGUUGAAGAGACACUGCAGCGACGCCUCUCUCUCUGCGUCCGUCGGCGGCAGACCAGGACCUCGAAGAAAGCCGCGAGGAGAGAAGACGCAGGCGCCGAAAGAAGAGGAGACGAAGUACUCUUUCUGCUCCGUGAAACCUCUCGAAAGCGCUGCUCCGGCGCCUGUCUCUUUUCCUGCGUUCUCGUCUUCUUCGAACUCCGUUUCCGCGUCCCCUGCAGAGAGAGACGGGUGCUGUGCAGGCGAGGCGCAGCCGUGGAAGGACUGCUUCCUCAACGCAGGCAGCAGUGUAUGGACACUCGCCGUCUCGGAGGAGUUGCCGGGAGGCUGCGGGAUGCGCCAGAGACCCGCAGGAAGGCCUCUGGGAGACCCCCUGGUCCGGCGACGCAGCGACGGAAGUCGCUCGCCUUCGUCGUCUGCGUCUGCCGCAGAUGCGCCGCGCCGCGCUCGAGAAACGACGAGGGUGCCUCUACGCCGGGGAGCACCGGACUGCGGGGCGAACCAGGAAACGCGGUCAGAAGCGAGAGAACGAGAAGGAGAACAAGAAGGUUUCGUUGUGUUGGCAGUGGGAGUGCAUGGCCGUCAGUCAUUGCUGUCAUGUUUGGGAGGACUGCGCGUGAGCGAGGGAGACGACGGAAAGGCUUUUCCGACAGCAUAUGGGAGGUCGGAAUUAGAUGCAUGCGGCGCGGAGGCAGAGAGCCCCAGAGGGCCUGCAGACGUUUCCGGCCGUCUGCCGCCGAGUUGCCGCUCUUGGACGGAGACGACCGUCUCCGAGGAUGCUGCUUCUCGCGCUUCAGAGUCGAAAGAAGACUGUGUACACAUGCUGCAUGCGCACGAACGGCAGGAGAGAGGGUCUGAGAGAGACGCGAAGCUCGGCGCGCUUCAGUUGUGGCGCAUUUCGAGUGACGCGCGCAAGCGUCCUCGCUUCGCCAUGGGGAUUCUGCAUGCGGGCGGCGCCUGCCGGUCGCUCGAGUGGUUGCCAGCUUCGGCGCUGGACUUGCGUUCGACCUCGGAAGACUCUUGUCCGUAUUUGUCGGAGACUCAGAAGGAAACUCUGAAGACGACAUCCUCGCAGCGACAGGAAGACGACGCAGAAGAAAGAGCGAGAACAGAAGAAGAAAACGGAGAGGAGAGAGAAGGGAACGCGUUCACCGGCGACACUCUCUUCGCCUCCCGCGUUGGUCUCCUUGCUGCCACCUUCGCCGAUGACUCACUCCGCAUCUGGUCCAUCCCUCUGGCCCCGUUCCUUGAAGAAGACGAGACAGAAGAGGAACGAGAAGAAAGCGAAGAAGGGAUUGAGGAAGGAGUUGAAGGAAAUCAAAGGAUAACGCAAGAGACUGGCAGCCAGCCUGGAAGCUUUCGGUGUCUGCGGAGGAAGGAGGGGGCUCGAGGCUGCUGCGGCUUCCCUUCUGCUUUUUCAGAGGGCGCAACAAGGUGCGUUUUUCUGCCUCCAGUCUGGACCUUCCGGUGCGCUUCUCCGCAGGCGACCUCGUCUCCCUUCUUCUGCGUGGCGGGGGCGCCUCCGCCUCUUCCUGCUGUCGUUUUAUCUCGCUCAGACCCAUCGCUCGUGUACGAUCAAGCGCCUCUCCAGCUCGCAGUCGGCAGUGAUGCCGGUCGCCUUUUCCUCUUUUCUUUCUCCAUGCCGCAGACCCAGCAACUUCAACGACCUUCCAACUCGUCUCCAGUCGUCUCCACCUACUCCUCUUCUUCUGCAUGCUCUGCUUCGCCUUCUCGGUCUUCUUCUUCCCUCUCUUCUUCUUCUCACUCUUCUCUCUCUUCUCCUCCCCUCUACUCGUCGUCAGGUGUCGCGCGCCCGGAGUGCGUUUGGUCGGCUGUCUCGACAGCGGGGCCCUCAGCCCACGUGCGAAGUUGCGCAUUUCUGCCUUCUGCCGACUCCAGUCUGGUCGCGAUCUCCGCAGCUGCUGGCGGAGACGACAGCAGCAGCAACAACAGCGUCUUGUUUCUCGACCUUCGGUUCGCGGCGCCCGGAGUCUCUGCCGACGCCUCGCCGGCGCUCCCGCCCCUGGAGGGAAAGAGUGGUUGCGUCAGCUGCAGAGAAAUCUUCGACCUUGCUUGGGGGCCUGUCGGCCGAUUCGCGACUGCCGCUGCCACAAACGCGGUGAUCAUCAACUUGCAGCGGCCUCAGGUGACGCAGCUCACUCUGAAACAGAUUCUUUCUCUGUUUCCGGCUUCUCAUCAAUUCUCGUCUCGAGCCAAAGCCGGGGGACGAGGAGGAAAGACUUGCAGAGAAGGCAAGGAAUCUGCUUUGAGUGCUCAGGAGGCAGUCGACCGCUGCUGCUGGAGCACCUGCAUGUGCGGCCACUUGGGUCUCUUCGUCUUCGACGACGGAAGUUUCCUUGCGGGGAGUUUGAGUCUUCUGGAGCAGCGAGUAUGGCAGUCGGCUGAACUCGUCCGGUGGACGUUUCCGGGUCUCGGCGAGCGCCGUCUGGUGUACUCCCACCGGAACGCUUCGCGGGUGCGAGAGGCCUCGUCGACCCCAGGUGCUUCGUGGACGUCUCGGGAAGGUGACCCGCCAACUCGGGCGCCGAAAACGAAAGGAUGCCUUUCCUCUGAAGGCGCGCGUGUCUCUCCUUUUUCUUGGUCCGUGGAAAAUGAGGCGCAUCAGUUCGACACAGAGCCGCUGUCGCCUCUGGGGGAUGGCCUACACGGCGCUCUCUUCCGCAGUCUCCACCGGCGAGUUGCCGCGAGGUUCGCGCAGCAGCAAGAGAGACAAGUGCAGCAGUUGGCGCGCCACGGCCUCCUCGUCCAAGUCUUCGGGGAAGAGGAACCGACGGCGUUUGCUGAAGGAAACCAAGACGAGGCGCAGAUGCUGCCGCAUGCAACUCCCCGCAGCCGGCAGGGGGUGAACCACGCCGAAAGAAAGGAGCAGCGGGCACAGGCAGAGCAGAACGACCCCAAUGGAGAGGAGGUCUGCGACGAAGGAGAGGCGCAAAAGAGUCCGUGGAGACCGGAAGAUGACCGGAUUCUCGCCCUUCAUCGGAUUGUCAGCGUCUGUCCGUUUCGGAAUCAGCGGUACUUUGGGCAUCGUCCUUUGGCCAUUUAUGGCGGAGCAGCGGGAAUUAUUCAUCUGCGGGUCCUACGCUAAACGACGGGCGCGGGGAAAAAUCCGGAGCCUCGCAAAACGGAUGCGAAAUCUCUUAGACUUAACGGGGUUCAUCUUCAUACAAAAGGACUUUCAAAUUGAUGCACCUACCCAGAUACCUCAGCAUCAGUCAAAGGUGUCGCGAAAACCACUGCGUGUCGCACCUGAGUGCUAUGUUUUAGUGUGGUUUGCGGUGUUGAAGGACCAAGCUGCAGUACGCUUAGAGGUUACUCUGGAUGCAUUCGAAUGUUGCCGGUACUGCAGACCAUGGGAGCGAAGAUAACAUGUAGAAAUGUACCUCCGUCCAUGGAAACCUGGAGAGCUUUCACGGAUUGUACUCAUGAAACUUGACGAGUUGACGUAGCCAACGUAUUUGGUGUCUCUACUUGGGUGUGAUCGGUACGCUAGCGUGUGACGGUCUGGCUUCAGAGGACGCCUGCUUCGCUAGAAAUCUUUCGAUUUCUACGGCAUCCCCGUUUUGCCGUUUUCUCUUCCUCAAGGUCGCUUGCGCCUUCUCAGGGUGGAGCCUGAAAACUUAAAUGUCAUUUUUCGUUGCGAGAAUCUCCAAGAACCGCACGCGGGGGGUUGGGGCGUUGUGGCAGUCCUCGCGUUUAGGACCAGUCUUCACGACACUCCAAGGGGAAGGGUUUAAGAUGUUCCACUUUCGAUUUUUUGUAUGUGGCAGGAGUCGACAGAGAACGCGCGGGCCGAGUUGUUUUUGCUAGACGGCAGUGCUUGUCUUUUCCCUACUUCGCGCAUGCGCUCCACAGUCCAAACCUCGGCCUUGUCUUUCAGGUUGCUGUACUUUUUCCCGCUAUCCAAGCAUGACUGAUGCAGCGUAAUUGACCUUCGCUUUUCCAGGGGAUUUUUUCUGUCUUGGUGAACGACGUUUCUUCUGAACCACAGCGUUUCGUGCUAUCUGGUUCUAAGCAGUGAAUACCGACCUGGGAUGGGACACCGCAGAGCC